AUGAAGUCCAGCUCCAGUUCUAGUUCUAGUGCUAGUAGUGUUUCCGACACCGUAUAUAGUCCAUACACUCUCUGUUGCUACUUGCUAGGAAGGACUAACACUAAAGAAAAGACACAUAAAUGCAAAUUCUUACCUCCAGCUCCAGUUGGCAGCACAAUGAAGAAGAAAAGCAGCUCACAAUCUAAUGAAGAUGAUUACAAGGAGGAGGAGGAUAGCAGCAACCACUACUGCGACCCUUCUGUGGUAAUGAAAAUUAAAGGGAAUAUUCGCGUGUUUUGCCGCAUCAGACCCACCAGGAAGGGUGAGAAUUCGAGUGCAGUUGUGGUCCUGGAUUCAGCUAGCCUGCUCCUAAAUUUUGCAGUGAAUAAAACCAAAAUUUACAGCUUCGACAAGGUUUUUCGCGUUGCCUCAUCACAAGAUGACAUUUUUGGGGAAAUAGAGCCAGUAAUCAAAUCAACCUUGGAUGGCCAUAAUGCAUGCAUAUUUGCAUAUGGGCAGACUGGCACCGGAAAGACUUUCACCAUGGAAGGCAAUGCACAUGAUCCGGGUAUAAUUCAUCGAACAAUGGAGUCACUCUUUAAGCAAGCAGCCGCUGAUAGCCACUGCAAGUUUCUCUUCACUUUCAGUAUGCUUGAGAUUUACAUGGGAUGUCUCAAAGAUUUGCUUCUUCCUCACCAAACUCCAACACCAGCAGAUUUCCUUCCACCAUGUCUCACAAUCCAAACAGAUCCCAAGGGAGAGAUCAAGAUCAACAACCUUGUGGCCAUCCAAGUAAAUGACUUCAACCAAGCAAAAAAGCUAUAUAAAUUCGGAUGUCGUGUCAGAUCAACAGCUUCUACAAAUUCCAACAAAUCUUCAAGUAGAUCACACUGCAUGAUUCGCAUAUUAAUAACCUGUUUUGAUGCUACUGAGAAGCAAAGGCUGACAAAUAAAAUAUGGAUGGUUGACCUUGGGGGAAGUGAGCGUGUGCUAAAGACAAAGGCACAGGGAAGAAGAUUGGAGGAAGGAAAAGCUAUUAACCUGUCACUUUCUGCCCUUGGGGAUGUCAUCAGCGCUCUCCAGAGAAAAAAGUGCCACAUACCAUACAGGAACAGAAAGCUGACACAAGUUCUUAAAGAUUCUCUAGGGGAGGAUUCAAAAACAUUGAUGCUUGUCCAUAUCAGCCCCAAGGAAGAAGAUUUGUGUGAGACAGUAUGUUCUCUAAAUUUUGCUACACGUGUCAGAAGCAUUCAUCUAGGCAAUGAGGAAUCAACUGAAGCGAAGGCACAAAAAGAAGUAGAAAUGGCCAAUCUGCAACAGAGAAUGAAAUGGAUUGAAGACAAGAAUGAUGAAAUCAGAAGAGAAAUUAACAAAUUAAAUGACAAACUAGAAGAUCUUACAGAGACAUCACCAUGUUCCAGCAAGAAACUGGGAGCUCCCCAUCUAUGCUUUGGACUUGAAGCACCAUACUCUAACAUUGAAAGAGCAAAAAAUAUUACAGCAGCACCUCCUUCGGAGUUGCCAAGAUUUAUGAAGCCCACCAUUUGCAGUAAAAGAAAAUCUAGCAUAGACCACCAAACUUCAGAAGUGGAACACUGUGGUCCUGCAAGGAGUAGAAGCCUAUUAUCUCAUCAUGCAAAAUCUGUGACUUUGCCCAUAUUGGACAGAUCAGAGUACAAUUCCCAAAGCAGUGUUUCCAGAGCUAGCUGCUUGAUGGGUUCAAAACUGAAAUAUAGUUCAGAUGAUGAAACUGAGGAUGGUGAAGAUAAAUCUGAAUGUGAUAUCAAAAUAGUCGUCUUCCCAAUGCAGGAUAAAGCAUCAAGUGCAAAUCAAAAACAGGCUCACCCCAGCUGCAGUAAGGAGCUUGGAAGUAUUAUGCACAAAUUUAAUUCCGUUAAAGUCAGUAAGAUUGAUGAUUGGCUUCAUUCACACAAGAAUGCAUAUGGUACGAGUAGUCACACUCAGAGGAGUAAACCAGUUCUAGCGAUUCCUCACCCAGAGAAGAACAGUAGGGGACAUCUGCAAAGAGCACCAAAGCAAACACAUGAAUGCAAAGUUUAUGAUUACAAUCUUUCAAAGAAAGAAAUUACACUCAUUGAUGUUACAAAACAAGCUAGGGUGGAAGCAGCUAGAAGCUCUAAAGCAGAACUGGUGGCAAAUAUUUUCCCAACAGUGUCCAAAGAUUUCAGCAAUGAAGACUGUAGAUUCAGCUUGGUUUCUCCAACCCACACAAAUGAAGGCAUGUUAAUGAAACAAGCACAAAGUAGGGCAGAUGAACUUUCAAUUGAGGAAUACAGUUGUAGCACCUCUAGUGCACCAGAGUGGUCUGAUGUGUUAAAUAAGGAUGAAAGUGCAGAUAGUACAGUGUCAAUGCAACUGUUAGCAUAUGAAACACAACUUUUGGAGGAUCUUAUGUUAGACAACAGUUGGCUAAGCAUCCAUUCUGCAUCAGAUGACAUGUGUGUUUCUAUCUCAAAAUCAAAACAAAAAUCUCCACACCAAAAGAUGCCAACAGAAAUUGGUAAAAUUCAUGAAGACGAAGGAAUGGGCAUCUCUUGCACACAUUUUGAGGAAGAAAAGCUGCAACAGCAAAAUUUUCUGGUAGAAAAAACAAGUCAAGUGGAUAUUGGACUAUCCGUAUUUCACUCACAAGAAAAAUCAAACUGCCCAGGAAUAUAUGAUCUUCUUAGACAGAAAAUCCAUAUUUUAUUCACAUGCGCUCUUCUAGGAGUUGGAUUCAAAAGCAUAGGACUUGAGCAUGACUUCUUUUAUGCAUUAAUGCUUUGA